AUGGGUUUUAUCCAUGGAGUUGCUCAGUCCAUCUAUGAGAUGUCGUUUAGAUCAUCAGAAAUAUAUAUUUGUCGUGUUGGAUUACUGCAUGUGCAGGAGAGUACAGUUUCUGUUAACAUUGGAAAUUGUGGACCAGGUUUAAGCGGCUGUAUAACAGCUAAGAAGAAGGAACUUCCAGAACAAGGCAGUGAGUUUGUGCCCAAAAAUUGUAAAAUCACUGGUACUGGUAAAGUUCGUCUGGGAAGAGUCUGGGGUGCUUAUUCAACUGUGAUUAUCUAUAACAAAACAAUAUCAGAUGUUGUAGUUCCUGAUGGGUGGAAUGCUUGGCCCAGUGUUGGCCAUGUAGCAAAUUUAACAUAUGUGGAGGCCAAUAAUAUAGGACCAGGGGCCGACACUUCCAAGCUUGUGCCAUGGUUAAAGAAACUGGACGCAGUUCAGCUUAGCCAAUUUGUGAACUUGUCCUUUAUUGGUGCAGAUGGAUAG